GGGUUUGGUAAACCUCAUCGACAACAAAUCUUAUUAUUUGGACACUGAAAAUGUUCGCCGCUGGAUGGAGAGUGUCGUAACGCGUGCCCUAAAUACUUUCAACAAGAAUACUGAUGGACGUUACAUUCUGAAAACUUCUGAGGGCCCGUUUUAUGCAAAAAUAUGCAAAGGGGGUCCAGCGUUCACGAUGAAAGUAGAGGGAAAUAUAUCCAACAAAAAAAUAGUGCUCGAUAUAGACCUUGUGCCUUGUUUUAUCUUAGGAAAGGAUACAUGGCCUAGCAAACCAUUCAGGCAAAAUUCUGUAGAAACUAAGCCAGAAUAUUUCAUUGUACCAAAACCGCUGAAAGAUGUAGCUAACAGCAGCCGAUACUGGCGACUGUCGUUCCAAGAACAGGAAAGGGAAAUAAUGGAAGGCAAAAGAGCUCUAAAACCAACAAUCAAACUAUUGAAGAGAUUGAGAGACAUUCAAAACCACAAGUGUAUAGCCAGCUACUACAUUAAAACUGUUUCUUUAUGGCAAACGGAUAAAAGAGAUCGAGAAUUUUGGAAUAACUCGUUGAGUGUCGUUUUUAUGAAUUGAAGGCUGAUGAGCUGAAUAACUUCAAGAAGGAACAUAACACCACCUACUUUGGAACGUUUAAGGUCAAGUAACUAUAUUAAUGUUACCGAAUAUUCGAAAACGCGCCAUACACACUAAACUACUUUAAGAAAAUAAUAAAUAGUUUUAUAAAAACGCAACACGUGUUUCGCUAUACAAUAGCUUCUUCUUAGUAUAUCUUGAAUAUCUGUCACCUUUUGUUUAUUCCUUCUUAUUCUAUAAACAUUGUUCAACUUAACUUUUAAGAGUAAGAAUACAUAUCUGUACUUUCAUUAACCACUCCCAUUUUCUGACACAAACUGAAGGAAUGGAUCAAAUGGGGAUAAUGGUGCAUUUUUUACCCAAUACAAUAAAGGGAACCAGAAGUACAAAAAAACUACCAAUAAUAAAAACCUCAUGUUACAAUUUUGGGUCAAUUUUGUAACUUUCGUCAGCACUUUAUCGAUUAUUAUUCUAAAAAAAUAUAUCUGAUAUUUUAUUUUUCAACUGUGGUAUCUAGCAAUUUAUAUAUGCAUUUUAUUAUAUUAUUUGUUAUAUAGAAUUAUUUAUUUAUCACUCACAUAAUAUAUUAUUAAUUGUAAUAGUGAUUAGUACCAAUUCCAAUGUAAUUUAAUAUUGUUUUUAUUACCAAUGUUGUGAAAUAUCCAUAUAGAAGUUUGUUAAUUGAAUUAAAUGACAUAAU